AUGCAUCCACCCAACCUGACCCGUACACCCAUGCAUCCACCCAACCUGACCCGUACACCCGUGCAUCCACCCAACCUGACCCGUACACCCAUGCAUCCACCCAACCUGACCCGUACACCCAUGCAUCCACCCAACCUGACCCGUACACCCAUGCAUCCACCCAACCUGACCCGUACACCCAUGCAUCCACCCAACCUGACCCGUACACCCAUGCAUCCACCCAACCUGACCCGUACACCCGUGCAUCCACCCGACCUGACCCGUACACCCAUGCAUCCACCCAACCUGACCCGUACACCCAUGCAUCCACCCAACCUGACCCGUACACCCAUGCAUCCACCCAACCUGACCCGUACACCCAUGCAUCCACCCAACCUGACCCGUACACCCAUGUAUCCACCCAACCUGACCCGUACACCCAUGCAUCCACCCAACCUGACCCGUACACCCAUGCAUCCACCCAACCUGACCCGUACACCCAUGCAUCCACCUAUGCAUCCACCCAUGCAUCCACCCGUGCAUCCACCCAUUUUGACCCACACACGAACGCACAUCCAAUUUCACCGAAGAUUUUUAAACUAG